AUGUCGCGCCCCGGAACCCGAUCAUCCGGCCAAGGUCUUCUUCAACCACCAGACGCGACGGAAGGGAACGUCACAAAAGUCGUGACAAUUUUGCUCCAACGUCUGGAAAACAUCGGAAGGUGGAAAGUAAAAAAAAUGGCGGAUGAGCUCCUGAGAGACGCAGAGAAGGCCACUACCAAAGAACUACAAAACCUCUGGUAUAUUACCAUUGACAGAAAGAAUGGAGAUCCAGCAGCUCUCGUCGACGUUGGAGAUCGCCGCCCGCACUCCGACAGACAACCCGCGACACCGGAAGAUUUGACGCAUGCGCAGUGGUUUUUCGAGGCGGUUCUGUCAGUUUUCCAGAAGGAAAUCAAUCGAAGACAACAUUUCUUCCCGACGUCUGCGGAGUUUCGGUCUCAAUUCCCCACGACCCCCCGGUCCCUGUCAAUCCCGGAAUUAUUUUCGAUUGCGAAAGAAUUUUCUCCCGAAGGAUACAAUGGAGGAUACGAAUUCUUGGAAGAUUAA